AUGUCCCGCUUUCUUUUCCUUCUUUCUUUAAAUUUUCACACUUUUUUGUAUUUCCGCCCACGCUUUGUUUGUUUGUUUGUCUAUUUAUUUAUUUAUUUAUAUCUGCACGUUUUCUUUAUCCCCGCCAUUGUGUUUGUUUCUUACUUUCUUUAUUUUUUCUUUCUUUCUUUUUUCUUCCCCACGCUCUCACGCUUUCUUUCUUUCUUUCUUUCUUUCUUUCUUUCUUCAUCACGCUUUUUAUCUCUCCUCUCACUCUUCCCUUCUUACUUUCUUUUUCUUUCUUAUAUCUUUCUUUCACCACACUUUUUUUUUCUUUCUUUCUUUCUUUCUUUCUUUCUUUCUUUCUUUCUUUCACCGCGUCUUUUUGUCUUUUCACCCACUCUUUCUUUCUUUUUCACUGAUUUUUGCCUCUCCUCUCACUCUAUCUUUGUUUGUUUUUUCUUUCUUUUUCACGCAUCUUGUUUUUCCUUCGAGUCAUUAUUUCUUUCUUUCUUUUUUCUUUCUUUCUUUCUUUCUUUCUUUCUUUCUUUCUUUCUUUCUUCACGACUGUUUGUUUUUUCUCAUACUCUAUCAUUGUUUGUUAUUUUUCUUUUCUUUCCGCGCCAUUUUGUCUUUCUUCCCACUCUUUGUUUUUUCUUGGCCUUUUUUCUUUCCCUCCUACUCUUUCUUCCUUUCAUCACACUUUAUUGUCUUUCCUCCUCCCACCCAUUCUUUCUUUGUUUUUCUUUCUUCCUUAGUUUUUCUUUUUUCCUUAGUUUUUCUUUCUUUCUUUCUUUCUUUCUUUCUUUCUUUCUUUCUUUCUUUCACUACGAUUUUUGUCUUUCCCCCCACUCUCUCUUUGUUUGUUUGUUUCUGCCUUUCUUUUUCCACAUUUUUCACACUCAGCCUUUCGCUCUUUCUUUCUUUCUUUCUUUCUUGCCUUUUCUUUUUUCUUUUCGUUUUUUACUCUUUUCUAAAUUUAGCUCUCUUUUUCUUUCAUCGUCUUCUCUUUUUUUAUCCUAUUUUUUCUCGAUUUAUCUAUGCUUACACUUGGUCUAUUUCUUUCCUUCUUUAGAUUUUGUUUCAAUUCGUUUGUAUUUUCUUCCUUUUUUCGUAUUUUUUCUUUUUUGUUUCUUUUUUUUACCUUUUACUAUAUUUUUGUCAUUUCCUUUCCCACCUGUUUCAUUUAACUUUCUUUUCUGCUUUUUACAUUUUGUUUCUUUUUUAUCUGUAAAUUUUAUUAUUUUUUUGUCAAUUCAAUUUCGCUUAAUUCUCUUCUUUUCUUCGUUCUUUCUUCUUUACUCGUUUUCUUUCUUUCUUUCUUUUCGUUUAAUUCGCCUUCGUUCUCAAGCACUUUAG